AAGAAGUAGAGGAAGUGGUGAGGAAGUGAGGAAGUAAGGAAGUGUUAUCACUGGAAAUUGGACAGUUUAGCUGCUUGUGCUUGCUGUCCAUAACGCUCAGUUUUGUGUUAAACAGCAUUGACUUGUCGUGUCCAAAAUGUCUAAAAAUACAGACUCCAACAAGUUCAGAAAAGUAGACGUCGAUGAAUACGACGAGAACAAGUUUGUGGACGAGGAAGAUGGAGGAGAGAACCAAGAUGGACCGGACGAAGCAGAAGUAGACGGCUUGCUCCGACAAGGCAACAUGAAUGGAGCUCUCCUUGCUGUGCUAAAGAACCCUCCAAUCAACACCAAGAACCAGAAUACCAAGGAUCGAGCAGAGCUGCUGGUGGUCAAAGUGCUGAGCAGUUUUAAGAGCAGCGACAUAGAGAAGGCUGUGGCCUCGCUGGACAGAGCUGGAGUGGACCUGCUCAUGAAGUACAUCUACAGAGGCUUCGAGAAGCCCUCUGACAACAGCAGCGCCGUGCUGCUGCAGUGGCAUGAGAAGGCCUUGGCAGUGGGAGGAGUGGGCUCCAUAGUUCGAGUCCUGACUGCCAGGAAGACUGUCUGAUGGUCCCACAACUCGCAGAGUGCAGCUGUUAACAGACAUUAGUCAUUAAUCUGACCGGAGCUGAGUACAGUGACGAGCUUCUUCUUUUUCUCUUUUUGGACGUGAUUCCCGUUUAUUUUUAUACUGAAGCUGAGCGUCUUCGCGAUGCACUUCUUUUCUCUUCUUUUUUUUUUCUUGUUUUCCUGCAUUUACUGUUUUGAAUCACCCCACUGGGAUUUAGAAGUGCUGGCGUUCAGGCGGGGAGGUGCUGGCACUUUCAGCUGUCUGUAUUUGCCAGCCACAGAGAGAGAGCAGACAUAUUUCAGAUGCUUCGCUCGGACACGUUGUCUCCAAAGCAGCACGCUUGCUUCACAGCUGCUCUGAUUGCCUCUGCUGGCUCACUUUAACAUUGCUACCCCUCAACUCCUACCUUCCUCCUCCUCCUCCUCCUCCUCCUCCUCUGCAGAUUCUGAGUCACCCAGGUUGUGGAAGAUUAUCACAGACGGGUGACCCUGUCCAGGAUGUUUCCCUGCCCUUUUGCCUCGUGCAUGCUGGGACUGGAGUUUGUUUCUUCCCUUAUCAUUCUAUCUUUGUGAACAUCUGAACCUGUUGUUAAUUUUCUAUUUUUUUUUCUACUUAAGCCACAUUAUUAUGUGUGUAGCCUGGCUCUCAGGCUGCACUGCUUCUUUUGGGUUUUUUUAAUAUAUAUGAAAUGAACAACAAAAAUAAAGUGCUGAACCUGAACAUGGA